AUGUUCUGCCUCGAUAAAUGUCCACGACCAUUUUUAGAAUCUACCUUCAUUCAACAAUCAAGGAUCCAGAUGGGCACCUCUAUCCCAAGGGAAGUGGAUCUAGCAGAAUGCCGCAAUUCUGAUGAAUGGAAGUUCAUUUUCGAGGAUCAAGAUGGCGAAAGUCGAGGGCAUGAGGCCCAAAGGACCAGGGAUUCAUCGAUCCGAACCUCUUUUAGCCUCUGCUCAGGACUGACGUCCAACUCUGAGCUCAAACUUCCUCAGCUGAGUGAUAAUAUUGUGGAGAGAUUGUUUCCAGUCCGAUCAGUCAUUUCGUUCGAUUCCAAGUCAUCAGCGCUUCAUACCCCUCCUCUUGAUAAGCUACAGAGUCCAACAUCGCCAAUUCUAGGAGCCCACCAGAAAAAGAAAUUGGCAGGUGACAAAUCUGAAGUGUCAGAAGAGAUAUUAACUGUGAAAUCAUCGAAAACAUAUGGCGAUGAACGAGCGAUACCUAAACGUCCAGCGUAUAGUACUCGCAUGGACCUCCCCAAGAGAAAGUUCUCUGGAUCAUCCUCAUCCUCAGUGCUACCAACUCUGCAUAAUCUCACUCCGUUUCUCAAUAAGUCGCAUCAUCCCGUGGAUGAGACAUGUGAAGUUUCAAAUCUCGAUGGACAGUUACGGGACACGAUAAAUGAAGGGAGAAGCCUUUUGUCAACGAACAUCUUGAAUCAAGGUUUGGGGCCUUCGAAAGAAUAUGAAGGCCUGGCCAUUCAGCCACUCGGUGUACUGCUGGUUAUCUGUGAGUCUGAAAAGAACCUCACCGUCCAGAUUGCCAGCGACAAUUCAGAGGAGAUAUUGGGGUAUUCAUGUGACGAACUGUUUGAGCUGAAGUCCAUAUGCAACAUCUUGGACCCAGCGCACAGAGCCAUCUUUAGAUCUCAUGCAAAGGUCGUCCUUAGUGAUGACUUCGACCUUGAACUUUGCGGCCCGGAGGUCUUUUCUCUCUCUAUACCAGCUCCUGGUGUGGGUUCCAGAGGCAUGUGGUGUACGAUGCACACCAACAAGAGGAAUCGAAUCUAUGUCAUUUGCGAACUGGAGCCUGACAAUCAUCUACCUCCAUUAUCUGACCAGAGCUUCCAAUAUUACCCGUGCAUCAAAGAUAAUGUUCAAGUGUCAGUGGACACAGCACGGAACACAAAACCAUUGGAGUCAGAGCUCUUGAAUGCGCUCCCUUGUAUCCUGCAGCAAAUAUCAAGUGUCCAAUCACUUGAAGCACUGAUUCAACACAGUGUUUCCAGCUUAAGACAGCUUACUGGGUUCGACAAAGUCAAUAUGUACCAUUUUGACAGCGAUUGCAAUGGCAUUGUUAUUGCAGGUUCGAUAAACCCAUCUUUUGACAUAGAGUCCUGCGAGGGUAUUCAAUUUGAGGAACUGUCGUUUCCUCCAAGUACGAAGAAAAAAUAUCUCCGAAGCAGCGUCGCGUUCUCCUAUCGCAAAAGCAGAGGUACAGCAAGGCUUGCCUUUCGAGAAAAUACUAGCAACAUAGGGUUAGACUUAUCUCACUGCUACCUUCCCGUGGCAUCGGAUUCCUUGAAGUAUCAUACUGGAUCUCGGGUCUAUGCCUACAUGUCAAUUGGAAUAACCGUUUUCGGGAAACUCUGGGGCCUGAUAUCUUGCUUAUCAUUCACCGAAAGUUUCAGACUACAUCCUCCUGUUCAACGGGUGUGUUGGCUCUUGGGUAAUACUAUCUCGAGUAACAUUGAGAGAUUAUCCUACACGUUGCCUUCCCAAGUUCCAAAAAAAGGCAGUUUUAUUGGCGAGGUACAGUUCAAAACACCUUACAGUGAUCUUCUGGGACUUUUUAGGGCGGACUAUGCCGUAGCUUCUGUGUUAGAUGAGACCAAGAUUCUAGGAGAACCAACAGACUCACAAGAAGCUCUGGCUAUGCUGGAGUAUCUGCGGGCGAAGAAGCCAUCCAUAGUCUUAUGGUCCUCGGACAUUGUCUCUGAUUUUGAAGACCUUGAUUACUCGCCUGGGUUUCAGCAUCUUGCUGGUUUCCUCUUUGUUCCCCUUUCGACGGAUGGAUCAGACUUCAUCGUUUUCUUUCGAAGUGACUUCAGUGCUGAGGGAUUCCAAACGGAUCGACAAACUGAAUGGUCUGCGGCUGAAUUCGGGAAGGCUUCAAUUCUGCCUUUGCUUUAUCGAACAUUCACAGAAGCAUGGCAAGAAAAAGAAGCCAAGAGACAGAGCAACCAACUUAUGCGAUUACUUCUCACAAACGCAGCCCAUGAAUUCCGCACACCUCUGAACGCGAUUAUCAACUAUCUUGAAAUCGAACUGGAUGGAAAUCUCAAUCAAGAAACCAGGGAGAAUCUUUCAAGGUCGCACUCGGCCUCCAAGUCUCUUGUUUACAUUAUCAAUGAUCUCCUUGAUCUUACGAAUGCAGAGAACGGCCAAAGUCUGAUGAAAGAGGAAGCUUUCAGUCUCUCGGAAACUCUUCGUGAAGCAACUGAUAUCUUUUGCGAGGAAGCCCGGCAGAAGGAAGUCUGUCUGCAAGCUGUGCAACGUUCCCCACUGCCCCAAGUUCUUGGAGACCAACGACGUGUGCGCCAGGUGAUAACAAAUCUGAUCGGUAAUGCCGUGCAGUAUACAUCAAAUGGAGCUGUCACCAUUGUAUCUCGUACUUUACUUGAUCAUUGGGAGCCCGGACACAUCGUCGUCGAAGUAGCAAUCCAUGAUACCGGCUCAGGUAUGUCCCACGAGGCGGUUGAGACGUUGUUUUGCGAACUAGAGCAGGUAUCCAACAAGGGACAUGUACAAGACACCAACAGUUACAAGGACAGUUCUUACCCUUCGAGUUUGGAGACUGGCAGUGUUCUUGGAUUGGGCCUUGCGUUGGUCGCUCGAAUUGUCAGGAACAUGGACGGACAGCUCAGUCUGAGAUCAGAGGAAGGAAAGGGGAGCUGCUUCAAGCUCAGACUCAAGUUUCCAACCUUAUCUCACGAUGAGAUGUCGGUACACUCCUUCAAUGAUUGGGAUUCAAAAUCGAGUGGAGUUUCACGUGAUACGCUGUCAUAUAAGAAUGAAAGCCCGGAGAAAAAUGUCGACAUUGCUUACCAUUUUGAUGAUAUCACUUUAUCAGAAUCUGGUCAAUGGCAAGAAAGCAACUUGUUUGUAAAUGUUCAUCACCUCGACUGCAAAAACGAAGACUCAACAAACUUGAUUACAGCCAACCCUCUAAAAAGCACUGAAUCUCAGCGAUCAGGUAACCGAGAUCGACUCAAUAUCCUCGUUGCCGAAGAUGAUCCUAUAAACAGCUCUAUUGUGCGAAAGAGACUAGAAAAGCUCGGCUAUUCUGUGUUUAUGACUAGCAAUGGCAAGGAAUGCGCUGCCAAAUAUCGAGAAAGCCCAAAAGCUUUCGAUGUAGUGAUGAUGGACCUUCAGAUGCCCAUUGUCGACGGCCUGAGUGCCACCAGGAUGAUCCGUGAGUAUGAGCUACAAAUUUUGAAACAGCCGAAAUUGUUUCAAAUUGAGCCCGGCCAUCGAAUAGCUGUUUUCGCUGUAUCAGCAUCAUUGAUGGAAAAACACUGGCCGAUAUACGUGGAUGUUGGUUUUGAUGGGUGGAUUACAAAACCUAUUGAUUUUCAGCGUUUCCAUUCACUUCUCAGAGGAGUCAGAUCCACUGAACAUCAAAGAACAUGUGCCUAUCAACCCGGAAUGUGGGAGCAUGGGGGUUGGUUCGAAGGCUGGCAGGCGACAAGCGAAAAAAGUAAUGUUGGAUAA